GGAUGUGGCUUAUUCUGCUUACCAGAACGUCCGGCUCGCCUUAUCUUGUAGAAACGCUCUUGGGUGGAUUGUAGAUGGUUUUCUAUUUUUACGGAUAACCGAAUAAGCAAAUAGUUUAUCUCGAGUCGACAGUGAGUAGAUAGAGCCUUUUUUCUCAACGCGAGUAAAGUACGCCAACAGGGGAAAAUGUCGGUGGAACCGAUUGUCGUCACGUUGGAAACGGCCUCCGGGGCCCCCACCUCGUUCCCGGUUGUUUUGAAGAAAAUUAUGGAAAUGCCUCCACCCAAUAUUUUAGCUGGUGACGACGAAACAGACAAGGAGAAGUUGGGAUUGGACAAUGAUGCCGACCUUAGCGGAGGAGGCAGCGGGAUGGAGCCAUCAGCCGCCCUCACCCCAGCCAUCUGGGACAAGACCAUUCCCUACGACGGUGAGAACUUCCACUUGGAGUACAUGGACCUGGAGGAGUUCCUCAUGGAGAACGGCAUCGCCAACUCACCCGAAGAAGAGGUCACAGUCAAGACGGAGCGGGUCAAGUCGAAGCCGACCGACCCUGCGUCCCUGACACCUGUCAACGAGCUGGUCAAGGGUGAUGAAGAAAUAGUGAUCAUCACAAACAGCGAGACUGACAUCACAUGUGACGUUACAGCAGAAGUAACAACAGAUCCUGCCACCCCAGACCCCAUAGAUCCCGACGACAUCCAGGUUGACGUCAACUACGAGCCGGACCCCACCGACCUGGUCCUAUCGAGCGUACCGGGGGGCGAACUGUUCGACCCUCGCAAGCACAAGUUCACCGAUGAAGAUCUCAAGCCUCAGCCCAUGAUUAAGAAAGCCAAGAAAGUGUAUGUCCCUGACGAGCAAAAGGACGAGAAGUACUGGCACAGGCGAAAGAAGAACAACGUGGCUGCCAAGCGCUCACGUGACGCCCGCAGGCUAAAAGAGAACCAGAUCACUGUGCGAGCGGCGUUCCUGGAGCGCGAGAACUCUGCGCUGAGGACUGAAGUGGCCGACCUCCGCAAGGAGUGUGGCAGCUACAAGAACAUCGUGGGGAAGUACGAGGUCAAAUUUGGAAAAUUUGCGCUGCCAGAAGAUGUAUAAACUACGCUUGAAUUAUUUGACUCAAGUUUGAAUAAAUAAAUCGAAUGAUGAGGUUUUAGUACUGCCAAAAAGAGAUUAAAUCUGAGGAGGAAGAAGAGGAACAGAAGAUUCAACAUUUUUGAGGGAUGUGCUUCUCGUGUUCUGUACUUUUAUCAUAUAAGAGAUUUUUUUUUUAUCUUUAUCACAUCUCUUUUUUUAGAUCAAUUACAUUAGGUAAGGCUUAGUUUAGCAAUAGUUUAACCUCAAUUUAUUGGUCGUUUUGGAGCAUGGUAAUUCUUCCAGGUUGCUUCCAUUUCUUUUCAUGUUAAACAAAAUGUAUAUUUUUUUUCUUUGGAUAGAAAUGUAAACUGUUGGAAAAUAUUGAGAUUUAUUCAGGGAAAUACAUUGUCCUGGUUUUAAGUGUGUGUGGUGUGUCUGGAUUGGAUGUGUGACACUCCAUCAUUUCACGUCAUGUAAAUAGUUUUUGCCAUAUAAUAGUACUUGUACGCCAUGCUCAACAUUUUUGCAUCCUGUUUUGCAUGUGUAGAAAAAAAAAAGUAUCGUUCAAAUAACGAUACUUGGAGAUCAUCUUCGAGGAAACGGAACUUGUAUAGUUUGUAAGUUUGUUAUUUGACCUUUUUUUUCAUCAUUUCAAAACUACACAAAUGUUAAAGUUGAAACUAUUGUCAAAAAAUGUUUUGUUUUAGUCCAUAACUGUUGUGCUUCCUUUAGGUACAGGAAUGUUAUGUAAGCAUUUCCAGUGUUCUUAAUUCAUGUUCAAUUUCUCUGCCGCUUCCACAUCGGCAUUAUUUGUUAGCAAGGAACAUGUUAAUAUAUAUAAUAAUUUUGUGGACUUAAAACAUACCUCAAUAUAUCAAAACACUUCCAGCCUUAUUCAUAAUCAAGUGCAGUUUCACAAGAUCUCAAGCAUCACCUAUAAGUGAAAUAUCAGGGCUUCCUGACCUGUUUGUACUUUUCAUGCUUUCUGCUACGGUUCAGGUUGCAUUGCCUUUACAGUUACGUCUUUGUAAAGUACUAUCUUGACAUUUUCAGUGGUGUAGUUACAUUUACAUAAACUACUACAUCGUGUAUAAAUAAAGCCUUGUUGAGAGAA